AUACAUAUCCCAUACGAAGAAAGAAAGAAAAACCAAACCACAUCACAUUAUGGCUAUGUUAAAACCAAUUUGCACAGUAGAAAAACCAUGUCUUCGUUUUUGCAACUUAUCAUCCCUUAGCAUACAUUCCAACCCUUUAGAAUUUCACCUCUCUAAAUCAAGAACUCCUUUUGAAGUAAAUAAAUUAAAGAAAUGUACUAUCCGAUCUUCACUAACCUUGAAUCCUGUCAGUCCUCCAGAAAUUUUCAAAGAAAACGGGAGCACCACCAAGAAAAAAUCCAAAGGACCGGCAAAUUCGUGCCCGUUUUCCCCUUUGGAAUUUUUGGAAAGAGCUUCCGUUGUCUAUGGAAAUUGCACGUCAAUUGUGUACAGUGAGACAAGUUACACAUGGUCACAAACUUACACUAGGUGCAAAAAAUUGGCCUCCUCAAUUUCAUCACUUGGUAUAAAAAAAGGUGACGUUGUUUCCGUUUUAGCCCCCAAUAUUCCAGCAAUGUACGAGCUUCAAUUCGCCGUGCCAAUGUCGGGCGCGAUCCUCAACAACAUAAAUUUUCGCCUCGAUCCACGUACCCUCUCUAUUUUGCUCAGGCACGGCGAAUCAAAGCUCGUAUUUGUGGACUACCAAGCGAGUUCGUUAGUCCUCGAGGCGAUUUCUCUCUUUCCACCUAAUAUACAACGUCCGAAAUUAAUCCUCAUAGAAGAAAAUAAUAAUCACACGUCUUCGAAUAUGAAAAAUGAGUUUAUAAAUUGUUACGAGAACGUUGUUGAAAAAGGAGAUGAAUUUUUCCAAUGGGUUGCUCCUGAGAGCGAGUGGGACCCCAUGACACUGAACUACACUUCUGGGACUACGUACGCCCCUAAGGGCGUACUACACAGUCACAGAAGUGCGUUUAUUAUGAGUGUCAUGGGGUUAAUUGAUUGGUGUGUGCCGAAGCAACCGGUGUACUUGUGGACGUUGCCAAUGUUUCAUGCUAAUGGUUGGGGAUUUUGUUGGGCUAUGGCUGCUGUUGGUGGAACAAAUGUGUGUCUUCGUCGUAGUCAUGAUGCUGCUACAAUAUAUGAAGCUAUUCACCAACACAAGGUAACUCACAUGUGUGGUGCACCAGUAGUGCUCAACAUGUUAUCAACCUAUCCAAAAAGGAAACCCCUUGAUUCGCCUGUCUACCUACUAACCGCCGGAGCACCGCCACCAGCCGCCGUCCUCGGCCGGACGGAAUCUUUGGGGUUUGUAGUAAGUCAUGGUUAUGGAUUGACAGAGACAGGAGGGCCAGCAGUGACAUGUGCAUGGAAACAAGAAUGGAAUCAUUUGACAAAUUCAGAAAAAGCAACACUCAAGUCAAGACAAGGUGUUAGGAUGGUUGGAUUCACUGAAGUUGAUGUAGUUGACCCUGAAACUGGCAUCAGCGUGGAGAGAAAUGGAAUGGCUAUUGGAGAAAUCGUUUUGAGAGGAGGUAGUGUGAUGCUAGGGUACCUUAAAGACCCCGAAGGAACAUCAAAAUGCAUGAAGAAUGAUGGAUGGUUCUACACAGGAGAUGUUGGAGUAAUGCACUCAGAUGGAUACUUAGAAGUGAAGGACAGAUUGAAAGAUGUGAUAAUUUGUGGUGGGGAGAACAUAAGCAGUGUGGAAGUUGAGUCAAUUUUGUACAAGCACCCGCUGGUGAACGAGGCUGCGGUCGUGGCACGUCCAGACAAUUUUUGGGGCGAGACGCCUUGUGCGUUUGUCAGCUUGAAAAUUGAUGCACAGAAGGUGACGGAGAAGGCAUUGAGGGAGUUUUGCAAAGAGAAUUUGCCGCUUUACAUGGUGCCAAGAACGGUUGUUAUCGAAGAAGAGCUUCCAAAGACUGCUACAGGGAAGAUUCAAAAGUAUUUGCUCAGAGACAAAGCCAAGUCACUGAUGUAGGCAUGAAUCCAAAUUAGUCGAGUUCAGUUGGUCUUGAAUAACGGAUGGUUGGACAGAGUUCCAACGUUCAAUUCUUAGCCACGAGUUCAAACGUGGCUAAGAAUUUAAAUAUUAAAUAUUGCUAAUUAAUGUGUGUUUCAAUAUAUUUGUAUGUAUCAUGUAUACAUAAACUGGGAGAUUGAGGCAUAUCCGAAGGUGGGGGUUACAUGCACCCAUGUUAAUUCUCCACGUUAGAUCAUGUAUAGUAAUGUUGUAUCUCCUCAAAACUACUGAAAUAUAUAUAUGUGUGUGGU